AUGGCUGCUACAACCCAUCCCGAAUUUUCGGAAAAUACAGAAGCUAUUGAGGUCGCAGAGGCAUUUCCCUCUGAAAUACGUGGUAAAACGAUCAUGGUUACUGGUGUGAAUCGCGGUGGCAUUGGAUUUCCCACCUCUCAGGCUUUUGCCUCCCAGUCGCCCUCAAUGCUCAUAAUUGUCGGUCGAGACCCAUGCAAAGUUCAACAAUCCAUCGAUGAUCUCAAGGCUGCCUUCCCCGAUGUACACUAUCGUGGUCUUAAGGUCGAUCUUUCCAGCCAACAAUCGGUCCGAGAUGCAGCUGCCACGGUCAUAAGCUGGAAAGACAUACCCGCAAUCGAUAUAGUCAUUAAUAGUGCUGGAAUAAUGGGCAUUCAAGAGCGCACACUCAGCAAAGAUGGCAUUGAGUUGCACUUUGCAACAAAUCACUUGGGAUACUGGCUACUGGCUUGUCUAAUCAUGCCAAAGCUCAUCAGAGCUGCAGAGCUAAAUCCCAAAGGUGCUACUCGCAUAAUCAAUGUCAGCGCUGCUUCACCUCAGGUCUCUGGUAUGCGCUGGAGUGACAUCAAUUUUGAGAAGAGAAAUAAGGAUCUGCCGUUGGAAGAACAGCCUGACUACCAGUGGUUUGCGAUGUGUGGAUGUCCGAAUAUCAAAGAAGAAUCUUUCGUUCCUUUGGAUGCGUAUAAUCGCAGCAAGGUUGCAAAUGUCCUUUUUAGCAUUGCUGCCAACAACCGCUUAUUCUACAAAUAUGGGAUCCUAAGUGUCUCAUUGCACCCAGGAGUCAUAGAGACUGAAUUAGGACGGAACAUGUCUCGGGAGGACCAGGAGACUUUUGCGAAGCUGAGGCAGAGCGUAUUCAAGCCGAGAACGUUGGGAGCUGGAGCAUCGACGAGUCUAGUCGCUGCAUUGGACCCGGAACUUGCUCAAGGUGUUGGGGAAAGAAAAGGCGACAGCGAAAAUUGGGGAUCAUAUCUUGACAAUUGUCAAAUCAGUGGCAAGGCGCAUCCUCUUGCAGUUUCCAAUGAUGAGGCAGAGAAACUGUGGGGUCUUUCCGAGAGUUUGGCCAAGCAGGCCUUUGAAUGGUGA